ACCACACAACAACAAAUCCACAUCUCCCAAAACAUCACCCUCUCUUCCUUCCCACACACCAUGCCCACACACACUCUCACCAGCUCCCAUGGCCUCCUUCCCUUCUCUUCCUCCUUCCUAGCACUACCCUUCUUCUUCUUCUUCUUCUUCUUCUUCUUCUUCUUGAUCAUCUUCCCAAACUAUGACUUCAUCUUCUUCUCCUUCUCCAUGUUUCUCUAUUGCAAGAAUCAACACAAACCUAAGAGCAUCUCUUCUUUGCAACAAACCACCAUUGCAAAGACACCAAGCUCUUCCUCUUUUGCUAAGACACAAUGGAAAUCCAUGGAGGACAAAUCUCCCACCACCACUGCUCAAGCUAAGCUGCAACUUGAAAACCUUUGCUUCUUCGGCUUCGAUCUCUUCCUUUGCUCAUGACGAUGAUGAAUCUAAUCAGUCCAACGCUGACACUGGAACUGAUGCUCACUCCGGAGACCUGCCUGAGAUGGCCAAAGCUUUCCACAUCUCUUCUCGCACUGCAUCCGCUAUUAGCUUUUGCAUUGCCCUUGCUGCACUUAGUUUGCCUCUGGCAAUGUCCUCUGUUUCACAAUGUGCUUCAUUGAAGAUGAAGGUGUUAUCUUAUGUUACUCUUCUCUUCGGGUUCUAUAUGGCUUGGAAUAUCGGAGCCAAUGAUGUUGCCAAUGCCAUGGGCACAUCCGUUGGAUCAGGGGCGUUGUCACUUCGGCAGGCUGUGGUUACGGCUGCUGUGCUUGAGUUUUCAGGGGCGUUUCUCAUGGGAACUCAUGUGACGAAUACGAUGCAAAAGGGGAUAUUGGUUGCUGGUGUGUUUCAAGGGAAGGAUUCAUUGCUUUUUGCUGGGUUGCUUUCUUCUCUGGCAGCUGCUGGGACUUGGUUGCAGGUGGCUUCAUACUAUGGAUGGCCAGUCUCCACAACACAUUGCAUUGUCGGCGCCAUGGUUGGUUUCGGCAUUGCCUACGGUGGGACCAAUGCAGUCUUCUGGUCUUCUUUGCUCAGGGUCACAUCAUCAUGGGUCAUUUCUCCGGUUAUAGGAGCAGCAGUAUCGUUUUCUGUUUACAAGUGCAUUCGCCGGUUUGUGUACAGCGCUGCAAACCCCGGAAAGGCAGCAGCAGCUGCUGCACCAAUCGCUGUUUUUCUAGGUGUAACGGGAAUCUCCUUUGCGGCAUUUCCCCUUAGCAAAAUCUUCGCAAUUGCCAUGACUCAAGCAUUAGCUUGUGGGGCAAUCGGUGCACUUAUUGUUGGCAAAGUGAUCCACAAACAGCUUGGCCGUCUACUAUCUGAAUCAGAAAAACAAGCUCAACAAAACAAGCAACAUCAUAAAAAUCUCGGCUUCCUUUCGGACAUUGCAGGACCUACAGGACCACAACUUGAGAUUGUCUAUGCAGUUUUCGGCUACAUGCAAGUUCUCUCUGCUUGUUUCAUGUCUUUUGCACACGGCGGCAAUGAUGUGUCCAAUGCAAUAGGACCAUUGGCUGCAGCAUUGUCUAUUCUCCAAGGUGUCGCAACAAGUGCCGAAAUAGUCAUUCCGAAUGAUGUUCUUGCUUGGGGUGGGUUUGGAAUUGUUGCAGGACUAAUGGUGUGGGGUUAUAGAGUUAUAGCAACAAUCGGAAAGAAAAUAACAGAGUUAACUCCUACUAGAGGUUUUGCCGCAGAAUUUGCAGCGGCAUCAGUGGUUUUAGUCGCAUCAAAGCUCGGCUUACCUAUAUCUGCUACUCAUACUCUUGUUGGUGCAGUUAUGGGGGUUGGUUUUGCCCGGGGACUUAACCGUGUCAGAGCAGAGACAGUGCGCGAAAUCGUUGCAUCUUGGGUGGUGACUAUUCCUGUUGGUGCACUUUUAUCAGUUAUUUACACUUUCAUAUUGACAAAACUUUUGUCAAAUCUGAUUUGAGGAUUGUGAGGUUGAUUUUUCCAGACAUUCUAUUGAUCAAGUACCUGAUUUUAAGGAUCAAUGUGAUUUUCAGAUGUUUAAAGGAGAAAGUAUGAGACAAUGCCUGCAGAAGCUGUAAACAGAUAUGACCAUGUUUUUCUUGAUGGAUGGACUGUGUAAUGUCAUCCAAUUCUGGAUUUAGAAAUCUUUUUCUUUUCUUUUUUUUCCUUUUUUCUUUUUGUUGAUUCUUGGUGAUUCUUGUAUAGCCAUUAGAAGAGAGCUUGAUUCUCAUCUUUCUCAUCAACUUAUGUUGAUAAUUUGGAGAUUUUGCCUUGUCAGUUUGCUUGUUUCAGUGUUUUUCAGUUUAAAAACACCUAUUGUAUCCGCUAA